CCAGCAACACUCAUAUGUCAGUGAAGAGUGAAUUCUGCUUUCUGUGACUCAAGAACCAUGGUUAGCCAGACAGUUUCAGAGCCUCGUUUGUUGAGCAAAGGCGUGGCACACCUCCAGGCCGCGGUCGAUAAGCUGUCGUCGAAGUUCCCUGGGUGUUUUCUGGUGCUUACCUCGCCCGAGGAGGUGCUCUUCAACUACCAGAGCGGGCCUUUGGAUGUCCUCAGCCGGGAGACGAGCUCGCCCGUGGAUGAGAACACGAUUAUCUGGCUCAGCAGUGCCACUCGCUUCAUAGUUUCGCUCGCAUAUCUCCAGCUGGUGGACCGCGGAUUGAUCGAGCUGGACACUCCUAUGCGCAAGUUUUCUCCCGAGCUGGAGGAGGUCUCGAAGCGCGUUCUUCGUGGAUUCGACAAUGAUGGGCAGCCAAUCUUUGAGCCCUCUACAGGCAACAUCACCCUCCGACAAAUGUUGAAUGGGACAAGCGGAUUUGACGCCGAACAUACCGCCGCAGUCAAUCAAUGGAAAGCCAUUCCUGGAAAUGACCGGGGGCUUCUCAACAGCUGUAAAGCGGAAAGUCUCAUUUACACCCCUCCUUGCACACAGCCAGGCGAAGUGUGGAGGUACGGGCCAAACAACGACUGGCUGUCUUAUAUUUUCCCCGCUGUAGCCCACCAGGAUUUGGAGGAGUAUCUCCAGCAAAACAUCUUCCAUCCUCUAGGUAUUCAGUCGGCCUCGUUCUACCCUCAUGAUUCUCCAGACCUUGUAGGCCGAGUCAUGCCCCUGCGUUGGCUGGCUAAUAAGACGGCCGACGGGCAGCUUCAGUUCGAGGAGUGGACCGGCCAGCAAGCUGUCCAUUUUCUACCUAAAGGACGAAAGAAUAUUGAAUACCCUACUGGCGGAGCUGGCCUUUACUCCACUGCUACAGGCAUGGCUCUUAUACUGCAGAACAUCCUCGCUGGUUUCCUGCACGAGACAAACAGUCGCCCACUUCCCACGGGAUUCACUCCGCUUCUCUCUCCCACGCAGUAUCGGCUCAUCCUUUCACCCGAUUUGGAGCUGUCUCAGCUUGCGGGUAUGGAAGGUGUGCUGAAUGGCUACUUCGACCUUUCUAAGGAGGAAGGAGACCGCUUCCUUACGGUCGAGAAUGUCAACUGUAACCUCGGUGGUCUGCCAAUGAUUACAGGGAAAGAUAGAAAGGGCGGAUGGGGCAGACGCCCGGGAUCUGCAGGAUGGGGAGGUGCUGCAGGGACCGACUUCUACAUCGAUCCUGCCACAGGUAUUGCUGUGUUCUACUCGACCCAGUUGCUACCAGGUAGUGGCCCUGUGGUCAAGGGGUCGAAGAAGAUAAUAGAGCGGGCGGUGUUUGAAGCUCUGGAAAUGGAUUAGAUUAGCUGAUUGUCUUCGAUACUAAUUGGCACUGUUGCGAUAUGGUCUUGGACGUCUUCGGUAUAUGAGAUGAAAUAUCACCUUAAAUAGCUUCUCAUCUAUUAAGGAGUCAGGAUACUCUUAUUUCUAUCGUACUUGCCUUAUCCUCUGGGAUAUAUAUUCAUGAAAAUGCUUCCUG